UACAUUGGAAUUUUUGUUAUUUUUGAUGCUAACCUUUAAGUGAAAAGGUUAACGAACUGUUAUUCUUAAUGAUUUUUCUGUCGCAAAAAUCGAUUUAAUUAAUUUAAGUGUAGCACUCCCAUUCUGUAAGCUAACCUCAUUCAUCAUUAAAGCAUUAGGGCUCAUGCUAAAUGAAUUUUAAUGAAAUAGCUCAGUUAUAAUGUAACUAAUUAUUUUUAGUGAUUACAUUUUAACUUUUUAAGGUGAAAUAAUAUCAUUUUAAGUAAUACAUAAAGUGCUGCAAAACAUAAUUUAAAUCUACAAUAAAGGAAAUUAAAUGUGCUCUUGCUAAGCGAUGAAUCGAGCGUGUGCGGGCCAUCUGAUCAAGCACCUUGCGUCCCUAGAUUUUUCUCUGAAAUUGUAUCAAAUCCAUUGCUUAAAACUUCACCCAUUAACCGUUGCUGCCCGUCCACGUAUCGUGCCGGAUACUUUUAAACACUUACGGCAUCGUCUUGUCCUGCGAAUGCGACAGAAUGGAUAUCGAAUUGAAUAUUUGUUUCCAUAAUUAUUUAGCCAAUAAGAUUAAAUCUGUGCAAUGCCCAUUAAUAAUGUCAUCCAAGAAACUUAUGAUAGUGGAUACUGACUGCGGGAUCGAUGAUGCGCUCGCUCUAGUUAUGGUCCUCGGUCGUCCGGAAUGGGAGAUACUGGCCGUGACCUGUGUGGCCGGUAAUGUUGAACUGCAAAAAGUCUGUCCAAAUGUGUUAAGAGUUCUUAACCUCUGUGAUAAAAAAGAUAUAAAAGUAUAUAAAGGCUGUGAUAAAGCUUUGGUCAACAAUAAUUUCAAAGCCUGUCAGCACCAUCAUAUUGAUGGAUUCGGUGGAGUGGCUUCGGAAUUUUCAAUAGGCAAUUUAAAGUUUGAAGAAACACCUCAUGCUUCCAUUGCUAUUCUAGAUUUGGUGAAGAAACAUCCAAAUGAAAUAACUCUGGUUGCUCUGGGUCCGUUAACAAAUUUAGCUCUAUGUAAUAGGUUAGAUCCAAAUUUUACAACAUACAUAAAACAAUUAAUUAUUAUGGGUGGAAAUAUUGAUGCCAGAGGUAAUAUAAUGAAGUGUAGCGAAUUUAAUUUUGCAUUUGAUCCGGAAGCCGCGCAGAUGAUAGUUACAGAAGCUGUGUGUCCUGUUAGAAUUCUUCCCUGGGAAACUUGUUUUCGUCACUCUGUCCAAUGGGAAUGGUUCGAUAAAUGGGUCCAAACAGACACUCCUAAAGGUCGCCUAGCACAGAAAAUAACAGCUGAAGCAUCAUAUCGUGUUCGUCACAUUUUUGGGCGUACGGCAUUUUGCUGUUGCGAUUUACUGGCGAUGGCAACGAUCGUACAGCCAGAGAUAAUCAAAAAGCAGAUAAAGCGCUGUGUCGAAGUCGAACUGCACGGCCAGCACACAAGAGGAAUGAUGUUGGUCGAAAGGAGGCCAGCAGCUUUAAAAGACUGUUUGUCUAAUGUAGAGAUUGUCAAAGAAGUUGACAUGGAAAAAUUAAAAACAAUGUAUACAGAAAUGUUGGAACAUUAAUAAAUUUUUAAUUAUAUCUUAUCAUAAUUAAUG